GUCAGUGGGCGGAGCCAGCACAGUGGGCUAGCUGUGACUUGCCCUGUACAGUAGAACUUCCAGCUGUAGGGAAAUCUCAUCGCUGUCUGGAGUAUCCUAGCGCCCACAGAAGCAGGAGAUUGCAGACUAGAUGGCUCCAAAAAGGAAGGCUGCCACCCAGGCAAAGGCUUCUGGGAAAAACAAGAAGGCCAAGGUAAAAAAGGAGAUUAAAGAGGAAGAGACUGAGCAGCCGGUAAAGGCCCCUGACCGGUUCCAGAGUGCAGUCCAGGCUCUAAAGGCUGCAUCAGGAAAGAAGGGGAAGGCCAAAAUUGAUUCUUCUUGUCACCUAAGCAGUUAUGGAGAUUAUGAGGUGUAUGAAGAUUACGAUUGUAUGUUAAACCAAACUAACAUCGGAAGCAACAACAACAAGUUUUACGUUAUCCAACUAAUUACAAAAAAGAACGAGUAUUAUUGCUGGAACCGCUGGGGCCGAGUAGGUGAGGUGGGACAGUCUAAGCUUUCCCCAUUCCCCAAGUUGGAAAAUGCACAGAAAGAUUUUGAGAAGAAGUUCAAGGACAAAACAAAGAACUCAUGGUCAGAAAGAGAGAAUUUCACGCCCCAUCCUGGGAAGUACACAAUUAUUGAGGUGGAACAUGAUGACGACAACGGGUCAGGGGAGGCUACUGUCAAGGCAGACACAGUUGAUGGAACUGUACAGAAGGUUCGGCCAUGUUCCCUUGACAAACCCACACAGGACUUAAUCAGUCUGAUCUUUAGUACUGACAUGUUCAAGGAAGCCAUGCAGACCAUGAAUUUAGACAUUAAGAAGAUGCCCUUGGGGAAGCUGAGCAAGGCACAGAUCGCAAAGGGCUUUGAGGCUUUGGAUGAGUUGCAGGCAGCACUGGACAGAAAAGCGAACAAGGGGGUGCUGAGUGAUCUGUCCUCCCGAUUCUACACCAUCAUCCCACAUAACUUCGGACGUAGGACACCUCCUGUUAUUGACACCUCAGAGGUUUUACAAGCCAAGAAGGAUAUGCUACUGGUGCUGGCAGACAUAGAGCUAGCUCAGACCCUGCAGGCAGACAAGGUGAAGAAGGAGGAGGAGGAGGAAAAGGUACAAGAAGUUCCCCACCCUCUGGAUGUUGAUUAUGAGCUCCUCAAGUGUGACCUGAGUCUCCUGGAUACCAGCACUGAGGAGUACAAGGUGAUAAAAACCUAUGUGGAAAAUACUGGCCCCACAUACCGUACACUGAAGAUCCAGAACGUGUGGUGUGUUAACCGAGAAACAGAGGAGGAGAGAUUUAGUGCCCAUAAAGACAUUGAGAACCGCCGCCUGCUCUGGCACGGUACCAACAUAGCAGUGGUAGUCGCUAUCUUAAAGAGUGGCCUGCGCAUUAUGCCGCAUUCAGGCGGCCGUGUUGGGAAGGGAAUCUACUUUGCCUCUGAGAACAGUAAAUCUGCUGGAUAUGUUGGUUGUACAUCUAAGAACCUUGGCAUCAUGUUUCUAAAUGAAGUGGCUUUGGGGAGGGAGCACCAUAUCAAGAUGGAUGAUUGCUCCCUGCAAUCCCCACCAAAGGGUUAUGACAGUGUGGUGGCACGCGGGUUGACUGAACCAGAACCUGCUAAGGACCGCAAGCUGGAUUUAGAUGGGCGGAAGAUAACUGUACCACAAGGACGUCCUGUCAAGAUGGAAAAAUACAGCGACUCGUCCUUUGGUCAGAGCGAGUACUUGGUGUAUAAGGAGAGCCAGGCCCGAAUGCGCUACCUUCUGCUACUAAAGUUCUAAAGGAACUUUCCAGACUUAUCCUUGCUUUUUGCUUCUUUGCAACUACUGUAUAAUGGUAUAUACAAUUGGAUACUCACAGGCACUUUAUAAUGCACUGUAUUUGCAUGAAGCAACUGUCGAUCUGAUAUCAAUAUUAUGCACUGAACUUGUUUUAGGAGAAGAAAUACAGUGCAAGUUAUAUGAAGUUCCUCCACUUAUUAGAGUGCAGUUCUGAUAACCUCAGAUAUGCCCAGACCCCAGCUUAUAUGCAAGGAAAGUACUAUGUUUGGACCUUAUAUAUUUUCAUUGUAGAAAGAUUUUACUUGUUUUUUUAUUGUAUAUAUUCUUUAUAUGGUUAAGAUACUAUUACUAUAUUGUGUAAGAGUAAAUCUUGAUUAUCUGAACCUCCUGUAGCACUGCAGCUGCACAGUACUAUAUAAUAAGAGGCUGCAGGGAUCAAGAGCCCCCAUCUGCAUUUACAGGGUCCAUCUCUGUACAGGUACACUAAACAGUUACACGAAAUUCACCCUGAGCUUGUACGUAUCAUGUUAAAUGUACCUCUUUAUUAAUCAUUGGUGUACAAACAAACAGAUCAGUACUGUGAAUAUGUGCAUAGAUCGGUGUAGACAUGCAGUAAUAAAAAGCUGUUUGUGCCACUGA